AUGGUGGAUUGGGGUUUCUUGGAGGGGAUGUUGAAUAGGCUGGGAUUUGAGGAGAAGUGGAUAAAGUGGAUGAUGAUGUGUGUCUCAUCUGUGAAUUACUCGGUUCUUGUGAAUACUGAUAGUGUUGGUCCUAUUCAGCCAGGGAGAGGUUUGAGACAGGGGGAUCCUUUAUCCCCGUACCUCUUUAUUCUUAUCACAGAAGGUCUUUCAGCUCUUAUUAAAGGAGUCGUUGCUAGAGGGGACAUCCAUGGAGUUCAGAUUUGUAGAGGGGCACCGAGUGUGUCCUAUCUACUUUUUACUAACGAUUGUUUUCUGUUUUGCAGGGCUAACCUUUCUGAAGUUAAUAAUAUCAUGGAGAUCCUUCGGGUGCAUGUUGACGCAUCAGGCCAAGACAUUAAUUUAUCUAAGUCUGAAGUGUUUUUCAGUAGGAAUAUUAGUCGCCCGACUCAAGAAGAUUUGGCGAGUAUUAUGGGGGUGAAGCAUGUUAUGGGUACUGGAACUUAUCUGGGACUUCCGUCUCUUACAGGCCGUAGUAAGAAGGACACUUUUGGGUACGUGAAGGAUAGGAUUUGGAAGAAGAUUAAUGCUUGGAGAAGUAGGCCGAUUUCUAAAGCGGGUAAAGAGGUGAUGAUAAAGUCGGUGCUUCAGUCUAUACCAUCUUAUAUUAUGAGUCUUUUUAUCCUUCCAGAUGGAAUUGUUAAAGAUAUUAAGAAGAUGCUUAACUCUUUUUGGUGGGGAGGAGGGAACAAUCCUAAUUGCAUUAAGUGGAUGGCGUGGGAUAGACUUACUGGUACUAAGAAUGAAGGUGGUCUUGGUUUUCGAGAUUUAAAGGCUUUUAAUAUGGCUAUGGUGGCUAAGAGGGGCUGGAAUUUGUUAACUAUGUCUCAAUCGCUAUCUUCCAAAAUAUUUAAAGCAAGGUGGAGUAUAGGUGACGGUAGUAACAUUUCUGUGAUGGAUUCACCUUGUCUUAGGGAAAAAAAAGAAGGGAGAGUGAAUGGCCUGCAACGACAAGGUGCUUAUGGUAUGUCUGUUAAUGAUCUUUUAUCUCCUAAUGGGAAGUUUUGGAACUCUAUGUUAAUUCGGGAGUUAUUUGAUUAUGUAGUUGCGGAGGACAUUCUGCAAGUUCCUUUAGUUGAGGAAGUGCAGGAGAACAAGUGGAAUUGGAAAGAGGAGCAAAAUGGGUGUUAUAGUGUCCGUUCUGGCUACAGGUUGUGGAGAAAGGAUCAAGUGAGAUCGGGUUCAAGUGGGGUGGAUGGCGACUGGUGUAGCCUUUGGAAUAUCAAGGAUCCCCCAAGAACUAAACAUUUACUUUGGCGGAUUUGUCGUGAUUGCCUUCCGACGAGACAAAGGUUGCGGCAUUAUCAUGUUUCUUGUCCUUCUAGUUGCUCGUUUUGUGAGGAUACAAUGGAGGAUUCGUGGCAUGUAAAGGAGGAUAGUAUGACAGCGGGUAGAGUUGCGUGGUUUCUGGCGCAACGACAUGGUACCAAUGUGGGUAAUAGGUCUUCAAACCUGAGGUGGGUGCCACCGGUGGAAGGAAGUAUCAAAUGCAAUGUGGAUGCGGGUUACAAUAAUAGUCGGGGAACUAACAGGGGUUGGUGCAUGAGAGAUCAUAUGGGGAGCUUUAUGUUUGCAGGUGCGGCUUGGGAUUUUAGUCAUUAUCCGAUUCUUGAAGCGGAAGCUUUGGCUCUCAAAGAAGCCAUUCAAAGUGCUAUCGACAUGGAGGUGCAAAAUGUUAUCUUUGAAAGUGAUUCCCUUCGAACGGUUCAAGCUAUUCAUGGCAAACUCCAAGGUGUCUCAGAAUUUAGUUGUAUUAUUUCUUCUAUUCAUAGCUUGUUACUUAAUUUUCCUAACUUCGAGGUGAAGUUUGUUAAACGCCAAGCGAAUAUGGUUGCCCACUCUAUAGCUAAGGCGGCCAAUUCUUGGACUAGACGUAGUUUAUUUCAUAUGAUACCACUUUGUAUUGAACAAUUUUUAUUUAAUGAUAUGAAUUGA